AUGACGCACCGGGCCCAUGAACGCUCUCCCUCGCCCGGGCUCGACGCCCAGCGCGAGGGCGCCGACGGCGAGCCCGCGCUGCUCAAAAGGCUCAAGUCGAGCCACAUCUCCGGCGCGCCCGCGGACCCGACCCCGCACUUUGCGCCUGACCUCUUUGUGCCGUCGAACAUCCAUCGUCUCCACACCGAGUACGACGGCAGCGCGCCGUUUAAACACGCUGUCGUCGAGAAGCUCUUCCAGGAUGACCUCCUGCAGAAGGUCAAGGACGAAGCUCUUGCCGAGCUGAGCUUCUCCGAGAAGGAGACGGACAUCUACAAGGUGUAUCAGACGGGCGACCUCGCCUCGCUCUCGUACCUCACCGAGCAGCAGAUUGCGCUCCUCCCCAACCUCCUCACCCUCCGCGACACCCUCUACUCCCCCGUCUUCCGUUCCUUCCUCCGCGCCGUCACCGGCUGCGGCCCCCUCUCGGGAACCAAGCAGGACAUGUCCGUCGUCUCCUACCGCAAAGGCUGCCAUCUCCUCAACCACGACGACGUGAUCGGCACCCGUCGCGUCUCCUACAUCCUCUACAUGCCCCUCCCGCACUACCAGGGCUGGCAGGCCGAAUGGGGCGGGGCCCUGGAGCUCUACCCUGUCCGCCCAGGGCCGGACGGCGUGCCCGAGCCCGAACCGGUGCCGUCGAAGAGCAUCCCGCCGGUGUGGAACCAGUUCGUGUUCUUCGAGGUCCAGCCCGGCCACAGCUUCCACUCGGUCGAGGAGGUUGUCGUCGGCGAGUCCGAGGACGGUCGGCAGCGGCUCAGCAUCUCUGGCUGGUUCCACGCCGCCCAGCCAGGCGAGGAGGGGUACGUCUCCGAGGCCACGCCGGAGCUCAAGAGCUCGCGCGAGCAGCUGGCGUCGACGCACACCGAGUUCACGGCGUACCCGGACACGGACGCGGGCCCGCCGCUGCCCGACGACCCGCUCUCGGACGCGCACACGGCCUUCCUCUCCGAGUUCCUGAACCCGGUGUACCUCCAGCCGCGCACGCUCAAGGCCCUCGCCUCGCGCUUCGUCGACGAGUCCUCGCUCGAGCUCCACUCCUUCCUCUGCGCGCCGCUCGCCGACCGCCUCCGCGCGGGGCUCGCCGACCGCGACGACGCGGACGGGCUCGGGCCCGCCCGCGCGACGCGCAUCCCCGCGCACGACGCGGGCACCGCAGGCGCGUGGGAGGCGCGCGGGCCGCCGCACAAGUGGCGGUACUGCGCGCUGAAGCGGCCGCGGAGCGACGGCGGCGGCGCGCGGCGCGCGGUGAGCCCGCGGUGGGCGCACGCGGCGAUCGACGACGCGGUGCGGAGCCUGCAGGACGAGCUGCUGCCGAGCGCCGCGUUCCGCGCGUGGCUCGCGACGGUCUCGCGGCUGCUGCCGGUCCGGUACGUCGCGGAGGCCCGGCGGUUCAGGCCCGGGCUGGACUACACGCUCGCGACGAGCGAGGCGAGCGAGACGCGGCUGGACGUCGUGCUGGGGCUCACGCCGCAGACGGAGGCGCCGACCGUGCCGGCGGUCGCGGUCGCGGACGCGGAGACGGCGCCGGUCGGGUGGCAGACUGGGGAGUGGGGAGGGUGGGAGUGCUACAUGGCGCCCCACGACGAAGAGGACGAUCCGGCGGUAUACCGCUCGGGCUCGUCCAAGAAAACUAACGGCGCGAACGGCAACGGUACUACGAACGGGAACGGGCACGCCGACGAAGAGAUGCCCGACGCCGACGCCGACGCGGAUGCGGAUGCGGAUGAGGACCAUGACGAGGACGAGGACGGGACGCUGUUGACCGUCCAGCCGGGCUUCAACCGGCUGCUGCUCGUGCUGCGCGACGAAGGCGUGAUGCGCUUCGUCAAGUAUGUCUCUGCCGCGGCCGAGGGGUCGCGCUGGGAUGUGUGCGGCGAGUUCGAGAUCGGGAUGGUGCAGGAAGACGGGGAUGAGGAGUCGUGA